AAAACAGUUGAGCUUCAAUAACCGGGUUAACGUAUUCUAUAGGGGGUAUACAGCCGAUUCUUCGAUAUAUCUUCGGCGAUGUCUUCGGUUUCCUUGCCGCCUGGACCUGGGUCGUAGCUGUUAUGCCAGCGACGCUUGCGAUCCUCAGCAUCGUCUUCGUUGAGAGCAUUUUCUCAGCCGCCGGUGUGACAGACCAGGCUGAUACGGCUACGCACAAGCUGCUCUCCAUUCUGAUAUUGCUCAUCAUGAAUGGCGCCAAUGGGAUUAGUACAAAAGCUAGUACUCAGCUGAAUAACUUGUUCGUGGUGACCAAGUUCCUCAGCAUCCUGCUUAUCGUCAUUGCGGCCACUGUUGUCAUCAUCCUUCAGGUAUCGAACCCGGAUAGACAUGUGGGGGGAAGAGACUGGUAUGAGAAAUCCUGGUUUGGCUACAGGACGAGUCUCAACUCGGACGGGAGCAAGACGCACUGGUCGAAUUUGAGUGCAUGGGAGAUGCUUGGUCACUACUCGGCCGCGCUUUACGGAGCUCUGUGGGCUUACUCGGGUUGGGACAAAGCGAUAUACAUCACGGCUGAGCUGAAAUCUCCCGCCCGCCAGCUUCCGCUCGCCAUCAACACGGCUAUCCCGACUAUCAUUUUCUGUUUCAUAUUCAGUAAUGCUGCCUACUAUAUUCUACUACCAUGGAAUGCUAUCUCCGCGACUGACAGUGUAGCUGUUACCGCAAUCACACGUCUCAUGGGCGACGCAUUUGGCAUCAUAGCCGCAAUACUCAUAUGUCUCGUAGUCGCCGGCUCCUUACUCGGAAACUCCUUUGUCGCCGGCCGUAUGGCGGUAGCGGCUGCCAACACGAAUUGGCUCCCUCGCGUAUUUGGCGUUGUAGGUCAGAUUGGCAACGCCAAGCCGUCCAGCCCAGAAAACUCGCCGCGAUCUGACGCCCCGCUCAAUGCCAUCAUUCUCUCAACCGUCCUGUCAACACUGUACAUCCUCCUCGGUAACUUCCGUGCUCUCGUUACUUUUAACGGCUUGGGUGAGUACUCAUUCUUUUUCCUUACCGUGCUCGGUGCCAUUAUCUUAAGGUGGCGCGAACCGCAGCUGCGAAGACCAUAUAAGCCAUUCGUUCUGGUUCCCGUCAUAUUCACGGUGGUCAGCGGCUUUGUUGUGGUUCGAGGAGCUAUCUUUGCGCCGACGUUGGCGCUGGUUCUGAUCGCGGUAUGGAUACUCGGCUUGGGCUUUUACUAUGUACGAAGACGGUAUGAUAUUCAGAGGGGAGAGUGAUGAGCGCAGCCGUCAAAAGCUGAGAUGAUUUUUCAUGCAGCAUCGUCAUGGCAAUCUGAAUACUUUCGAGUUGAGGAAGGCGCCACGUGUGAGAAAGACUUGGGUUUGCGUCAGGU